UCUGCAGCCGGCCAGUUGACCUAUUGCAAAAUUAAUUAAUGGUGCAUGGUAGAACUAAAAUGAUGGCCAAGGUUCUCGUCAUAUGUCUGCUGUAUUUUGUGGAUGCUCUUCAUGCCCAAGAGAUUGUCCAGAUCCCUGUGACCACUGCUGUAGCCCAAGGACCAUGCUGUGCAGAGUGCUCUGGUGGAUUGAAAAACUGUAUUGAGCUGUUUCUCCAGGGAUUUAGUACUGAACCUUGUACAAUGAUUAUAUGCAACUUCAGUGCACCAGAGGUGAUUGAUGGAAACUCUGAAACAGGACUGGACUUGAAUGCAAUCAUAGCAAUCAAUGGAGAUGUAGUGGGAAUGUCAUCUAUUGAUCUGGAGCUCGGAUCUUCUUUGUAUGUACUGGAUGAAGUACGUAUUGAGAGGUCUUCAAACAUUUCCGUGCUCUUGUCUCUCCAAGUGUCUCAAGAUGGGUUAACCUUCACUCAAGUUGCUAAGAGCAGCAGAGAAAUAGACGGAGGAGAGGUUUUCAACCUUUCGUCAAUACAAGGAGAGGUUUCUUACAUUGCUGCUGAUGUAAGGCUGAGUCUGAAUGAUAAUUUGACUAACCCACUCCCUGUUGUCACGGAGAUAACAGUAUUUGGAGUGGAGGUGGGGUGUGGGGUGUGUGUGGACCAGUUGUUGGACUCACUGUCUAACCUCACUGCUCUAAUAAACACUGGAUUCGAUCUUCUUCCCAGCAGUGGGUCGGUGGAGCUUCUCAGACUAGGGAUUGAGGAUGUUCAGUCCACUGUAAAUCAUCUUGAGGGGACGUUACUGGUUCUGGAAGUUGUUCUUGGGAGAAGGGAGCCAUUAGAAGAAAACGUAACGCUUGCUCCGACAGUGCUCCGCUAUGACCUGCUGCUUACCCCAUCCAUUCAAGAGAAGCUAGACAACGUGCAAUCUCUUCUUGAUAACAUUUCUUCUGUGGAAUUGAACACUGUAGAUCUUGCCUUGUCGCUUAGGGGUGUUGAAAAUGAUGUCAGCAGUGAGCUCACCCGGACUAGGGAACUUAAUGACAGUAUCAUGGAUUUUGAAUCUACUCUGAACGCGACAUUCAAUCAGAUCACUGAUGAACUAGCUCUCCUACUUGCGGCCCUCAAUGAAACCACCCUUAUCCAUGCAACCAUCACAAGCCGAAACUACUCUGCCAUAUCCACACAACUAGACUCCUACCAAAACCUCGUCAACUCAGCACUGUCGCAGUCUCAAUUUCUGCUUUUGCAAGUGGAGGCAUUAAAUGAAAGAGUAACGGAUGUAGUAACGAGGUUGGGUGAGCUGGAGAAUUUGCUAACUGCAGCUAGGAACAGGGCAUUGGAGAGUAGUGAGAGAGCACAGCAGGCACUGAAUGAAACACAAGUAGCAGAGAAUCUGGUUACUCGGAUCAUUGUGCUGCUGUCUGAAGUAGAAGAGCUGAAUUCCACCAUUGACCUUUCGUUGGCUGACAUUGUGAACAUCCUCACACAAGGAAGAGCUCUGGUGAUUGAGGCCACUAAUUUCUCUGAGUCAUCGGAAGCUCUAUUUCCUCCGCUUUUAUCCAUCCUCUCUACUCUCCAACGGUUGUUGGACGAGUACAACACCUCCCUGUCUGCUUUUCGCCCUCAAGAAUCAUGUGAUCCAAGCUCCACCCCCUGCACGAGUGGACAGUUGCACUCCAUUAACCUGGCAACAAAUGCUUCAUUUAUUGUCAACUCAACUGAGAGUGUUUCCACACUGAUGUAUGCUCGAGAGUUUUUGGAGAACAUUGACUCUAGUGGGCAGCUGUUCAACUAUACUGCCAUCAACCAGACUGCUCUGAGAGCUCAGGACCUUUCUCAAGCUGCAAUUAGCCAGGUAGCUAUAGUAGACACCUCUUCUCUUCUCUCUCGGUCGACAGUGGCUCUAUCAGCAGCUCAGAAUCUCUCUAUUCAAUCACUCUCACUAUUGCAACGAGCUCAAGAUGUCGAUUCAACAGUGGUGAUCAACUCGAAUCGUGUGCCAAUCAUACAAGAGCAACUGGAUAGCCUGCAGCUUCAGCUCCCCCCUAUAGUCAAUAGAACAUCACUCCUCCUCUCUCAAACAGGCCUACGAGAUGAAGCUCUGAGAAUUCUCCACACAGCACAAGAGGCUCGCAAUCGAACCAUAGAGACAGAGCAGAGGGUGUUUAGGAUAGAGGAGGGGCUUGUGGGUGUGGCAUCCAAUCUAGCAGGGACAGCUGAAAAUGUCUUGAUGGGAGAAGAGGCUCUGAGCAAUGCAGAGAACGAUUUUUAUAGCAUCUCGACGUUCCUGAAUGCAACGAGAGUGGCUAGUGAAGCCUUUGUGGUGAACGUGACUCAGUUUAUCUCUGAUAACGAUCGGAUUAUCGCUGACAUCGACACCCUCAUUGCUGGAUUGGCAGACAUCCACAGUAGGAUUAACAGGAUCAACUCCCCCAUCCAACUGGAGAGUGAUGAUGAAGAAGAAUCAUACCUCUCCCUGCAAGUUCCCCCGGGUCGCGCUAUCGAUGACACCAUCCAGUUUGAGACGCUGGACAUGUACAUCUGGACUGGACCAGGCUUCAGGUCUCCUGCUCUGCUCUUCUAUGCUGGUCCCACUUACUUUGAGGGGGAGGAUGACAUCAGCAGCGCAGAAACAGGCACUGAGGACUACUUUGUGGUGACUCUGGAGGACAGUGACGUGGUAUUGCGCUGGCAGAUGGGAGGGAGUGGGGGCGUGGCCUCUGCUCCUGCCUUCAGACAGGGACACAGUCAGAUAUUCAUUUCCAGAGUUGGCUCCCAGUUUCAGCUGAGGGUUGGAGUCAGUCUCAAUGGACUCAAUGAUGUCACUACCAUGGGGAAUAUUGCCAACAAUUCUGCCCUAUUUAGGACAUCCAAUCGAACGUCUUUCUUCCUAGGAGGCUGGCCAGAGGGAGCACAGCUGGGUGUGUCUGGCUCGGUGGUCUCCCUCUCUUCUUUGAACCCCUUCCAAGGUCAGGUGCAGCUGCUGCUGUUCAAUGGGGAGCAGUGGGGACUGUGGAAUGUGAGGGGAUCCUCAGACACUAUGUUCAUUGGAAGCUUCUUAAGAAAUGAGUUGGCCAUCCAGAAUACAUGGCAAGGUCCACGCGACACCCUGAGCUCAGCAGCCGCCAUAUCAUUUGAUGGGAGUGGCUUUCUGUGGGUGGAACAGCUGGGAAAUGUGGUCAACUUUAACACUGGCAGACGUACCUUCAACAUCAUCUCCCGUCCCAACAGUGAGGAGGAUGGGCUUGUGCUGUACGCCUACGACCCAGAGAUCUCCCUGAGUAUGGAAGUGGCCUACCAGAGAGGAACUCUGAGACUUAUCUUGAGGGACCCUAAUAAUUUAGACUCUGAACCUCUCGUAGACUACCAGCAACCCUCCACUCCAAGCAUUGUGGCCACUUCUGGACGUGAUGGCCGUCUGUUGGAGAUCCUCUUCGUGGAGAACGUUGGGUUCAGAAUCAACAAUGCUGUGAAUUUCCUCUCUGGCUCAGCGAGCAGGUUCUUUACUGACCUAACCAGAGUGAAGGUGUGGUACGGGGGAGUCAGGCAGGAUAGGAUCGAGAGGCCGUUUGCCCCCGAGAUUACCAACAGCAGUUACUAUGGCUGCAUUGACUUGUUUGUACAAGACAACUUUGACCGCAAUAUUCUGAGAGGUAGUCAUUACACGCAGUACUAUCUCAACAGCCCUCUGCAACGGGGCUUCUCUGGCACAUGCCUGCAAUCAGUGUACACACAAGACGUUGGACUGUCUGGUGCAGAAGGGGGCUACCUCUCGUACCCAUACCUAGAGCUGGUGGCAGUCACAAACAGCCCUGCCUCCCUCUCUGAGGGGAUAUCCCCUGGUGUAGUCACCAUCUCUCUCGCAUUCUUCCCUGAAGAGCCCAAUGGAAUCGUGCUGGCUGCUCGCAGUGGGGACCACCGGGUGUAUGCAGUAUUACGUGAUGGUGUGAUAGUGGUCGGUGUGAUUGGUGGUGGUGGUAGUCAUGUGAUGCAGGCUGGACUAGAGUUGGUAGCCCUCACACAAUGGAACUACAUCAUCAUUCAACUAGAACCUGGUCAAUUCUCUCUGUACAUUGAUGGUAUAUCGCAAGGUCCUAGUAUGUCAGUUCCUGGGUUGAACUUUGAACUAAGCACCAGUCCCACAGCUGGCCCAGGGGUUUUGUAUUUGGGCGGUGUUGACCAGGGAUUUGUGGCUGAGAUUGAUGACUUACCACCAUUCACUGGUUGUAUGAGUGACUUUGCAUACAAUUUUGGUGCAAUUAGUUUCCUGAACCCAUCCAUGACCUCAUCUCAAGCCCGCUACCCCCCAGGGGUCACAUAUAAUGUCUGUCCCUUCCUCAAUGUAACCACUGAUCCCUUAUUGGCCGUCAGACCAGACCCCACCCAGCCCGUGUUCUGUUUGUCAUCUCCCCCCACAGAAUUGGUGGAUACUCACGGAGGCUUCCACACUCAGACUACUCUGACAACCAGCAAUGUGAUUGGUCUAUUCCAAAAUUCAUGGGAAUUAUCAUUGGUUCUGAAGCAGACAUUGGAUGGUCAUGUGCUGACCAUACUAACGACACAAGAUCAUGUUAUUUCACUGAUCAUCAAGAAUUCCACACCCACUCUCUCCCUAUCUGGCGGCAGCAGUGAUGUAGGAUCGGGAGGAUCAGGAGGAUCAGGGGGCGGGCCGAUAGAGACAAAUGGAUUCUUUACCAUGAUGGAGGAAAAUGUGUUCAUACCAAUUUCCAUUCAGUGUUCAGUGAUGUCGAACACGCUGACAUGCUCACUGCUGGUGGACACAGUUGUUGUUGAUGAACCUCUACAGGCCUUCUACAAUGGAACCAUCUUUUUCCCUGAGCUGCCAAUCACACUCGGAAAAACUGAAGACGCACAAGGAAAUAUGGUUGACAGUUUUGUUGGUUGCAUCAGAUCUUUGAGGAUAAACAAUGAUCCUUCUGGUUUUGUUAAUGUUCGAACUGAUGUUCCUUGCUUUAACAACACUGAGUCUGGCCUUGGGUUCACUGGAAUAAGUCGUUUAGGAACGUCCUUGCCUGUAUUUACUGAGGAUAAGACAUCCCUAGAGAUUACAGUGACUUUCAAGCCAUUACUACAGAACGGCUUGUUGCUAUUGGUAACUACAGCCGACCUGUCAGCUUCCCUGUUUACUGCAGGCAUGUUCAAUGGCCAGCUACGAGUGUCCAACUUUAACCUCUCCUCCCCGGAAGACUUCCUCACAUUUGCCUCUCCUUCUACCGUCUGCAACGUCACCUCAUCCAGCUUCUACACCCUCUCUCUUGUUUUCACCGAGUCCUCCAUUACUGUGACAACUGUAGAGCUAGGGUCAGCGGGCAGGUCUGAAGUGGUGUUGGACACUCCUGCCACUGUCUUGCCGGGCACACGGUUGAGCCUCACUGUUGGAAACACUCCAUCUGGCUACUCAGUACCGGAAGGCACUGGUCAGUUCCUGUUCCUACUCAGUGAGGACGUGUCAGCUGACAGUGUACCCCCAGGACUAGUGGGAUGUGUGAGGAAUGUUGAAGUUGAUGGCGUGCGUGUAGGGGUGGAUAAUGCUGAUUCAGCAGAGCUGAUCCUAGUUGACUUGUGUGCAGCCGAGGAUGAGUGAAGUUAUAAUGUACGAUCGAACAACUAUGAAUAUUAGAGUAAAAACUAUAAACCGUAACCCUGGUGAUAAUGUCACAUAUGCAUAAAUUAAACUGUACAAUUAUUCAAGAAUUAUUGUUGGCUUGGCACCACCAUUCGCUGCAUGCAUGGAUAUUGAAUCAAUUUUGUAAUUUGAGA